UUGCAUACUGUAUAAUGUCUAAAUAUGAAUCAAGUCUUAACUAAGAUUCCUAAAAUUUCAUAGAUGCAACUAUACAAGCUUUGUAUCGUCAUUUGAGAGAGAAAUGAGUCUAUAUCCUGGAUUUGGUGGCUGGAUCAAUCUGAACAUUCAACAACGUCCUAAGGCUGAAUCUGGGAGACAUGAGGAUGUUGAGUCUAAUUCAAUGUCAGAGAAAGAUACCAAUCUAAAACCAUGGUACGCCGAACCUGGUGAUAAUGCAGCUACGGAACCUGGGGAUGUUAGAUCCAAGUCACUGUAUGCCGUGGAUACUAAAUAUUUUGAUUUAAAGGAGAUGAGAACGCAAUCAAAACUUUGGCAUGCAGAGAAGAAGAAGCAUCCAUGGUAUGUUCCUCCUGCUAAGUUUAAGGUGAAAACAAAAAAUGGUAUUUGCCAUAUGAACAUAGAACUCACAGUGGGAUUAAUCCCUCCAGGAGCCUAUGAGAUGCUCACUAAUCCAAGAAACAUAACAUUCUUUUCUGCGGACGAUGUAGUCGAUGAUGACCGUAGACGACAACGUCUGGAAAACAAAUCAACAAAGGUUUUGAAGAAGGAUGGACCAAGACAAAUCACGGAUGUGAGCAAAGUUCUGAGAUGGAAGUUUCUUUUGUUUUCUGGAACUAUCCCAAUUCAUCUAAUUAUCGAUGAAAACCAUCAAACUCUUAGAGCAAAAUACACGAAAAAGAAAAACACAAUGACUUACAUGAAAGUGUUCGAGGGUAGGUGGAAGAUAGAGCCUCUAUACGUAGAUUCAGAACGCUUGUGCAACCAAAGAGAGCCGAAGAGUCGAGAAGAAUACAGAAGAUGUAGCGGCGGAAAAGGAAGGAUUGCAUCGACGGUGAGAAUGGAGCUUAUCUUUCAGCCUGCGUCUCUUCUUAACGUGCCACCGGUUUCUUGGAUCAUUCGUGGGAUCACCAUCAAAGCCACCAAGACUUUGAUUGAAGAUCUUAGAAAAUUUGCUAUCAAUAUGUACAAAAUGUAAUAAUAUUUGGUAUUUCGUGGAUAUAUGUCAUAUGUAAAUUAAUACUUCAUAUGCGUUUAAUAAUUAUAAA